AUUGCAAGCGUGCGCUUAACACACUAAACAUGCUUCUAAUGUAUUUGCAUCUGGAAUUGCAAAUAGUUAAAAAAUUAUCGAUUUGCUACACAAGACGAGAGUGAAAAGAAAAACGGAAAGUUUGUUAAAGUAGUGUAUUUUAGCACGGAAAAAUUAUUUCAAAUUGUUAAGCAAAAAACUAAUUUUUCGAAAAUGGCUUUCGCCGGACUAAAAAAGCAAAUCAAUAAGGCUAAUCAGUAUGUUACGGAAAAAAUGGGCGGGGCAGAAGGCACAAAACUGGACAUACUUGAUGAAAUGGAAAGAAAAACUGACGUAACCGUCGAGUUGGUGGAGGAGUUACAACUUAAAACAAAGGAAUUUCUACAACCCAACCCCACUGCGAGGGCGAAAAUGGCAGCGGUCAAGGGUAUCUCAAAAUUGUCUGGACAAGCCAAAUCAAAUACGUAUCCUCAACCCGAAGGUCUUCUGGCAGAAUGCAUGUUAAUGUAUGGUAAAAAGCUAGGCGAGGACAGUAGCAUGUUCGCGCAGGCGUUAAUUGAAUUUGGUGAAGCGCUCAAACAAAUGGCUGAUGUUAAAUACUCGCUGGACGAUAACAUUAAGCAAAACUUUCUAGAACCAUUGCAUCAUUUGCAAAUGAAAGAUUUAAAAGAGGUUAUGCACCACCGAAAGAAGUUACAAGGUCGCCGUCUCGACUUCGAUUGCAAACGUCGCCGACAGGCAAAAGAUGAUGAAAUUCGUGGCGCUGAGGAUAAGUUUGCCGAGUCACUCCAUCUUGCGCAGAUGGGGAUGUAUAAUUUGUUAGAAAAUGAUACCGAACAAGUAUCUCAACUUGUCACCUUUGCUGAAGCGCUUUACGAUUUUCACUCUCAGUGUGCUGACAUACUGCGUGGUUUACAGGAGACUUUGCAAGAGAAGCGAGAAGGAUCAGAGUCACGCCCCAAAGCUGACUUUAUUCCUAAGACUUUGUUAGACUUAAAUUUAGAUGGUACUGGUACCAAUGAUACGGAUGGCACACCAACACAUAUUUCGUCCGCUGCCUCGCCAUUGCCCUCACCUAUGCGCUCGCCUGCUAAGCCCUUGGCAGCUGCCACACCGCAACGACAACAACAACCUUGCUGUCAAGCUUUAUAUGAUUUUGAUCCAGAAAAUCCUGGUGAAUUAGGUUUUAAAGAAAAUGAUAUUAUAACAUUACUAAACCGCGUUGAUGAAAAUUGGUAUGAAGGCUCAGUCAAUGGUCGCACUGGUUAUUUUCCACAGUCAUAUGUACAGAUAAUGGUGCCAUUGCCCAAUGGCAAUUAAAUUUGUGGGCUAACUCUGAGAGCAAAAACCCAUUUACAAACUAGUUGAAAAACAAUAAUUAAUUAAAUUUACAAUUUAAAUGUUAAAUUAAAAUUAAAAUUAAAUUAUAUUAAUUAAUAUUAUUAAAUUUCAAUGAAAAUUAAAAUAUUUAAAAUUCAAAUUAAACUGCUUCAGAUGAAAAAUUUUAAUAUGAUGUUUGUAUUUUAUUAAAUGAUUAAAUGAGCUACAAUUUACUACUCCAAAUCCUUCUUAUCCUUGUAUUCCUUAUUACAUUGUGUGUGUUAUUUUGUUAUUUAUAUUAAAUAUUAUUAAGCAUAUUAUAUACAUGUAUAUUUAUUACUAUUAACUUAUGUACGUUUAAAUGCGAAACAAGUAUCCUUAUUACUUUUUAAAUUAAUAAUCUAAAAAAAUAAAUGUAAAAGAAUAAAUAAACAAAUUAA